AUGGGCCUCUCUCAGUUCAACCACUCACCCUCCGCCCGCCCGAAAGCGACCCUCGCCGCCAACGGGCGGGCGACCCCCUCCCCCGCCUUCGCGGACUACCCCCGCCUCGUCAUCCGCAACGUACACCUCCCGUUCGACUCUGACGACCCCACGCUCGCGGACCCACUCUACAACGUCUACUGCGUCGGCGGCCGCGUCGACUCCGUCGAGCUUGCCACCACCAACGGAAACAGCCACGGCAGCCGGCACUCGACACCCCCACAUCACCCCGAGUACCAGGCGAAGGAUCGGCAGCACGCGCACGCAGAGCUUGAUGCGCAGGGGCGGGGGAUUCUUCUGCCAGCCCUUUGCCACGCACAUAUCCAUCUCGACAAGUGCUUCCUCCUCGAUCAAUGCGACGAGCUUGUAACCGGGCACUUCGCGGAAGCCCUCCGCGUCACCGCGAAGGCGAAGAGCGCAUUCCCGCACAACCUCGAAGACCUCUUCGAGCGUGGCCGGAAGCUGAUCACGCAGAGCGUCGAGUGCGGCGUCACCAUGAUGCGUGCGCACGUGGAGGUCGAUGAGGCCGUCCACUUUGCGUGCGUCGAUACCGGCCUCAAACUGCAGAAGCUCUACAGAGACAUCUGCCAUGUGCAGAUCGCAGUGUUCGCGCAAGAACCGCUCUUUGCAUCUCCGAUGGACGACCGCCCCGGUCUGAAUUACGCGCUACUCCAGAGCGCAGUCUACCGGAUGGGCGUCGAGGCGGUUGGCUCUGCGCCAUACGUCGAGCCCACGAUCGCGCACGCGAAGCGCAAUAUCGACUACAUCUUCGAGCUCGCAUACGAAGCUGGCCUGCACGUCGACUUCCACCUCGACUACAACCUCGAGCCCGCCGCGGAACCGCUGGUGUGGUACGUGCUUGAUCGCCUGCGCGAGCGCAUCGCCGCGGGGCGGUGGCGGUCAGGCGCGCACCUAUGCAUCGGCCACGCGACGCGCCUGACGCUCUUUUCGCCCGCGGAGUGGGCCCGAUUGCGCACGGCGCUGGUGGAGGAGCGCUUGCCGGUCACGCUCGUCGCGCUCCCGCCGAGUGACCUGUACAUGAUGGGGCGGCACCUGGAUAGCGCGCCGCGGAGCACGCUGAAUGUACCGCGCCUCGCGGAGGAGCACGGGCUCCGUGUCGCGAUGGCGGUGAACAACGUCGAGAACGCGUUCACGCCGCAGGGCCCUGUCGACCCACUGAACCUAUGCCCGCUCGGUGUUGCGGUGUUUCAGGCGGGCACGAAGAAGGACUGCCGGGCACUCCUCGAGGCCGUCACACUGAACGCGCGACUCGCCAUUGGUGGCGUGCAGAAGGGCGCGCCGUACCCGUCGAUCACGCCCACGCGCGGGAUGCUCGCGGACUUCGUGCUCCUGCACGAGAACGACACGCUGCACUCCGCGGCGCUAAACCCGUCCUUUUCGCGCACGACGAUCCGGCACGGGCAGGUCGUCGCGCGCCGCGUCGCUCAGACGUGGAUCCUCCCGCAGCAUACCCCGUCUCCGUCGCCGCUACGCAUAUCGCCGGCAUGACCGGCUCUAGGGAUCGGAGCCGCUGGUUGCUCUCUCGGGGCUGGGUCUUAAGGAGUCUUAGGGAUGGGAGGACGGAUGGAUGGACGCGCGGCUGCGGCUGCUGGGCGGGGGCUGACUUAUUUGUAUCAUAUUUCUCUACACUACCGGGGCCCUCGUGAUUCUGCUGUCCAUGUUUUGUAUAUGUUUUCGGCGCCGCUGUGUAAUACCUGCUCGAGUUGUAGCAGACGCCCCACCGGGAUACCGGUGGCGGACCCUCAC